AUGGAUCAGAACCCGCCAAACUCGUCCCACGGACAGCCUCAGCGCCAGCAGCCUGUGUAUGAUACCAACCAUGGAGGUCAUUAUGGUGCCAGUGCCGCACUGUCGGCUCAGGGCUAUGCACCGGUAGCGGAGUUUUACACCGGCGCGUGGGCGAAUGUGAACCAAGGAUUGCACGGUACAUAUAGAGAUAUUCUCACGACCUACUGGCAGCAGAUAAUCAAUCAUCUCGAGACUGACACACACGACUACAAGCUGCAUCAGCUUCCACUGGCUCGGAUCAAGAAAGUCAUGAAGGCCGAUCCCGAAGUCAAGAUGAUCUCGGCCGAGGCGCCAAUCUUAUUCGCAAAAGGCUGUGAUAUCUUCAUUACUGAACUUACUAUGCGAGCAUGGAUACAUGCCGAAGAAAACAAGCGCCGAACACUGCAGAGAUCAGAUAUUGCAUCAGCAUUGGCGAAAUCGGACAUGUUUGAUUUCCUAAUUGAUAUCGUACCCCGCGAAGAAGCAUCCCAUGCGAAGAGAGCUGCAGGCCAGGGUGCCACCGCAGCUGGAGUUCCUGGUGCUGCUGCCGGUACAGCCCAGAUCCCUCAACAACACGUUCCACAACAACCAGGUCACCCAGCCCACCAAGCUAUGCCACCGCCAGAUUAUACUCUCGGUCAUGGUCUUGCUCCGGAACAGGAUUAUCGCCAGCAACCAAACUUAUAUGCAACACAGGUCCAGCCCGGCCAACCUGCUCCAUAUGGCGCCCCGCAACCACAGAUGUAUGGGGAGAUGGAGGGCAUGUAUGGCUAUCCACCAAUGCAGGCGCAACAGGUAAUUGUGGUUCUCUCCGCAUCGUAUUGCCCCAUUCUAACUCGCAACAGCAGAUGUACCACGUCCCGCAGCGUCCUCAGGAUCCCGUAG